AAUUGAAAUCGUUUUUGAGGCUAGUGUAAAGGCGGAUCCCCAGUAUCAUCUCUGAAACUUUUCUUUUCAGCGUUUUGAACGUUUGUUCAUUCGGUUGUGAUAAAUAACAACAAUUAUUUAAGUAAAAGAGUUCCCCGUGUUAGAGUGCCUGUGCUCCUGUCAAGAAGUGCGACAUUAAAAGUAACUUUUGAUACAGUAAGCAGAGGUUUAGACUGAAUAGCUACAAGUUAGCUCGCGGGCUAAGUGGAUAACUGCAUUUUCCCGAAAGCAAAGGCAAAGGAAAUCGAGAAUCUACUAGAAUGGGGGAUAAGGAGCUCAUGUGGGCCUUGAAAAAUGGAGACUUGGAUGAGGUGAAGACUUUGUUGGUGAAGGAUGAAGACGUAAACCGAACUCUGGAGGGCGGGAGGAAGCCGCUGCACUACGCCACUGACUGUGGCCACGCUGAUGUGGUCGAGUUUCUCCUCUCCAGGGGGGCCGACGUCAACGCUGCAGACAAACAUGGCAUCACUCCCCUGCUCUCUGCCACUUAUGAGGGUCAUCUCUCUUGUGUCAAAAUCCUGCUGGAAAAGGGAGCUGACAAGGAGCGGAAAGGGCCAGAUGGCCUCAGUGCCUUCGAAGCGGCCGAGAGCGAAGCAAUCAAGGCUCUCCUCAAGUGAGGUGAGUCCUGUGGAAAGAGGAGAAGGACGGACGGACAAACGGAUGGACAGACAGACGUGGCGAUUACCCUGGACAGACGAGACGGACUGACGCCUCUUCCCCAUCCAUCCCUGCAAAAAAACAAAAACAAAUCCUCUCGUCAUAGCACCACGCAUCUGUGUGAUAGUUGUGUUUGGUUUUCAUGACUUAUAUAUAUUUUUUCUUUUGUUAGGAUGAUUAUUGUUAUUUUUCGGUGGAAGGUCAGGGUGAAUUUUCCUUUUUUCCAACUCUUAGAAUUAGUUAUUCAGUGGAAAGACAAUUAAAGAAAAAGAAAUGCCUCGCUUAAGGACCAAUAGCUGAACAAAUUUCCCAAUUACUCCACAGUCCGCCUUAAGUCCUGAACCCUAAAUCACACCACUGAACUAACAGACUUUUCUUGUUGGUGUGAACAAAAGAGACUAGCACUUAAUGACUGAUUUCAUACCCUAUGAGAAACACCUUCCUAAAUCUGGGCAUGAAAAAACUAUGUGUAUAUAUAUUUUUUUCUACACACAAAGUACUGUAAGGCCACACAGUAACUGAUAUGAUUGUAGGGGUAACAAUAGUCAUUAAAAAAAUAGUGGGUCAGAAUAAAAAAAAAAAAAAAAAAACGGUUGUAAAAUAGGACUGCUUUCAAGCACUGAUUUGUGCAGCUGCCCCUCAUUCUGGCUAUGCUAGAUUGCCCUUACCUGUUUAUGGCCUCUCUAAACUUCGAUAUUCUUUCCUUAUGAGUGGUGGGGAGGUUGUAGGUUGUAUGGGAUCACUGUUUCUGACUAUAUGCCAUCAACGUACCCCUCCAUUCACAUUUAACCACAUAUCACACUAAGACGAGACACAAAUAACAAAUAUUUUCAAUUACUGACAAAUAUACAACCACUUUCCGUCAAAAAUGUUGGUUUGUAUUAAUUCCAAUGUUCAUAAUUGAAUAAAAGGUACAAAAAUAUCAAUGGAAAUUCCUAUUCAUCUCACCCACAACUUUCACAGUAGCUCUUCUGGACACGACAGUUUUUAAGUUGCAAGUGUUUUUCCUUCCUCUGUUUUCUUUUGCUUUUCUUUAAUACCUUGUUACUGCAAUCAUGAUAUAUAGUAGCUCAUUGGUGCACACAUUACUUAACAGGCUUUGGGUUUGGUUUCUCACACUCCGAGUUUGAUUAAGUCUCCUGCUGGCUUAAUGCAUGCCAGAACUGCUUCUGCUGGAAAGCUCUUACAAAAGAUAAAACUACACAAAAAAAAAAAAAAAAGGACAAAAAAGUGGCUGCUUUUCUGGUUUUAAGUUGCUUUCAGAUAGUGGUUAUGCAUUGGAACGCUUUAUAACUGGCAUCAUUGUGAGAACAUGUGGAAUAAA